AUGAGGUUGAAGAUCAAUGGAGAUGAAUUAAGAGUUCCAUUCGAGUACAAACCAAGAUACAAAACAAGAAAAGGAGAAAUAACAACUAAUGUAUUGGGAGUUUGUGAUAAAAAUCUUAAUUUUACUUAUGUAUUACCUGGUUGGGAAGGAUCAGCUACCGAUGGUCGUGUAUUACGAGAUGCUAUAGUGCGAACGAAUGGUUUGAAAAUCCCUGAGGGAAAUUAUUAUUUGUGCGAUGGAGGAUAUACAAAUGGAAACGGUUUUCUUUCACCUUACAGAGGGUAUAGAUAUUGGUUAAGGGAUUGGCAAGGUGACAAUCCACCACCUCGAUGUCGAGAAGAGCUUUUCAAUAUGAAGCAUGCUAGGGCUCGUAAUGUUAUCGAAAGAGCAUUUGGUCUCUUGAAAGAGCAUUGGGGAAUUCUUAGAAACUCUUCGUGGUACUCAGUUAAGGUUCAUAAUAGGAUCAUUAGUGCUUGUUGUUUGAUGCACAACUUUAUUCGUAGAGAGAUGGAAGUGGAUCCCUUAAAUAUUGAUAUGGAAGAACAAGUGGAGUAUCAACAUGACAACAUUAAUGUUGUUGAAUCAUCUCAGGAGUGGACCACAUGGAGGGAUGAGUUGGCUCAAUCAAUGUGGAAUGCAAGUCUAAACAAUUGA